AUGGUCACCAUCUCUCACAUGGUGACACUCCAAUACAAGGAGGAGAAAGCCAUCAUCGUGCCCACCGAGCUGAUCAUUCAGCAUGAGGAGCAUCAGUACAUCCAGCUGAGGCCCACGAACCAUGCGAUCUGCCAGCUCGUUUGUGGUAGCAACAUGCCGAAGAAUGCAUCCAUAUCAGCAUGCACAAAGUUGCAGGAAAUCAUUCAGAAGCGAAACGAAGCCAUGCAGUCGGAUGAAGCAUCGGAGCAAAAGGACGAUCUCUUUCCAUCCAGCGAUGAGCCCCCAUCGAAGAAGAAGAAAAGCAUGAAGAUUCUGCCACCCACCGUGAACAUCAAUGUGGGCGAAGUGGCGGUCACAUGCCUCGUCCAUGGUCGCCGACCAUCCGCACAGGACCUUUGCAUUCGCUUGGAUGCUGCCCAGAUCGGCGCCAUCGUGGACUACAUUCGGGAGGAUGCCAUCGAAGCCAUGCAGCAGUCCAAGAGGAAGUACGUGAAGAAGGUCAGCCCAUCCAUUGCCAACAUGGCGGUGCCGGAAAGCAUUGUCUUCGAAGUACAGACGAUCAUGGACGGGGAGAUGCCAUUAAACAGCAAGACCGAAGCCAUUUUGGCAUGCUUGGAGAAUGCGGGGCUUGCAUCGAAGCAGCGACUGCUGCCCCGGCAUCUGCUCAUCCAUCCGGACAAUCGAUCCCAGUCCAUGCUCAGUUACCAUGACGUCUGGUCGAAGGGGUUGGCCAUGAGCAUGGUUGGUUUCAACAUCAAGCUGGUCGAAGGCACCACCAUUGCAUUCACCAUGAGCACAGAGCCAGACAAGAGAGCCAUGCAGCUGGCGAAGAACAAGGCAUUGAUAGACAAUGCCAUGGGGCAUUUGGCGCCCAUCAAUGGUUCAGAAGGCUACUUGACCAUCGGGGGCAGCCAUACAGUUGCAUAUCUUCGCUGCAUCGAAAACGGUGUGACCGGGCCAUCGGCGGAGUCAAGCAUCCAUCCGAAAUCGGAUGCUAUCUGGCGAGCCAUCUCCGAUGGCUGGACAUGGGUGACCAUUUCCAGCGCUGUGGAGGAUGCCAUACCCAUUUUGCCAUCAUUUCUCCAAUCAUCAUUGAACUCUGCGAACAGCAUCCAGAAGAACGUCUCCGAGUUGGAGGUGGCAAUGCUCUUGGCCACAUGCUUUGCCAAGGGAAUGACAUUGGCACAGGCUGUGAAGCAUGCGGAGCAUUCUUCACAGAUGUGCCGGACAAUCAUUAAUGCCAUCGGCACAUAUGUCAUGAAGUUCAGUGGGCAUGCGGGGUCAUUCCCCAUUUUGCAUUUCUUGUCGAACUUCAGCAAAGUGCAUUCCUCCAGCAUGCUCCUGGGCGAGGACAUGAUGACACAGAUUGCAACCAUGGACUUCAAGUCAUCCACGAACAUGUAUCCAAUGACCAGAGCCGCCAUCUGGUUGACCUUGUUGGCAUGCCCGAAGAACCAUGAGAGGGAUGGUUUUGCUCGGAACCUCCUUCGCUCAGACAUUGAGCGAUUGAGGCAGGCAGCAUGCCUGCCCAUGACAACCAAAGCGGAGCAAAUGCUCCAGGAUGCAUGGGGCAUCCAUCAAAGCAUCCAUGCAGGCCAAGGCAAGCACAUUGACGGCCAUCACGUGGACAAUUGCUUUGGCCGCCUGUGCAUAAGGACCAUCUUGCAUUUAUGCAACAAGGCGAAGACUGGCAGCAGGGAGUGCAAGGAGUUUGCAUCUUUGGAGGCCAUUGUCGAGGCAUUCUCGACAGAGCUCUACAAGGAUUCCCCUGCAUCGGGUGCAGAGGCAUCGAAGAGCGAUGAGAAGCCCAUGGUGGACGUUCUGUCGGCGAAGCCGCAUGUUGUGGCAUUGCUGCAGAAUGCCCACAUGACCAUGGGCGGCAGGUACACGAACAGCAAAGAACAUGGCUCCAUGGUUUUCAUCCUCCAGAGUGUCAGUGACGAUGGGGCAUGCAUGUGGCACACCCCAUUCUUCGGCGACAGCAUCGACAUCAGUGUCCCACUGGAGUCAUUGAAGAAGUGGAGGAGCACUAAAACACCCAUGCCGAAGCUUUGUGAUGUUACCAUGGUGACGACGUGCAUGCCCAAUGUUCAUCCCGCCUUUGUUGAGGAACAUCAGCGGGCCAUGGUGACAGUGGCAUUGCAUGCCGUGCACAAGAAGCAUUCGUCGACCAGUUCCCUUGCAUUCGGGCAGUUCCCCCCCAGCUUGAUGACCAUGGUCACAUGCAAGAAGAAAGCAGGCAUCAAGCUGACACCCAUGGGCAACAUUUCCAAGCAUAAAGCAGAAGGAGCUCCAAAGGGCACAGCCUUGGAGGCAUUCGGGUCUCAUUGGGUUGUUUCCCCACCGAAGCAGAACACAUUGUUCGAGGAUGAGAAGCAUCCGUUGGUGCCAUACUUUUGGGUGAGAGCAUGUGCAUCGGAUGCCCAGCCGAACAUGUCAUUUUCCACCAUCGUGCAGGAUGGGGUCACGGCGCCCAUGCUCUACAACGAGGAGCCCAUCCAGCAGCAUGAAGUGUUGCUCCACCCACCCAUGGAGGAGACCAUGCAGGAGCCGCCCAAGAAGAAGGCCAAGGCAAAGGCCAAGGCCAAUUGA